AUGAAGACUAUCGUUCUUGCUUGCCUCGUCGCCGUGGCUGUUGCCGCCCCUCAGCUCCAGGAGAGAGAGGUUGUCCUCCUUCGCGAUGACCGAAUUGCCAACGAAGACGGCACCUUCUCCUACGCCCUGGAAGCCGACAACGGCAUCAACACAGCCGUUGAAGGAGCUGUUGGAUCUGCCGGACAGAUCAAUCAGGCGGGAUCUUACACAAAUUCUCCAAGUGAAAGCCUUAAUGUUGCAACGCUUUCCUAUUUUCAAUGGUUUAGAGAAAGAUCAGGACAAAUGAUAAAUGAGGUAACACGACGCCCAGCCUCACGUAACCAGAUUGUUCUUGCCUGUCUUGCCGCCGUAACUGUUGCCGCCCCUCAACUCCAGGAAAGGGAGGUCCUUCUGCUUCGCGAUGACCGCGUAGCCAACGAAGACGGCACCUUCUCCUACGCCGUGGAAGCCGACAACGGCAUCAACACAGCCGUUGCUGGAGUUGUUGGAUCUGCCGGUCAGAUCAACCAAGAAGGAUCUUACACGUAA